AACUGUUCUCCGAAGACAUCUGGCUUGGCCUGUGUCUCGGUUUGUCAACGCGAAACCGCAAUGUCGUCAGUGUGUCUAGUUUCCGUGGCCCGACAACACCAAUUUUUAUAGUUUACAGUGCCCCUAACACGCUUUUUUCGACCUGUAUGGAUGUCUACCCUUGGGAGUUGGGGUGAUGUUUUUUAAGAUAAUGAUUCCACUGUCGAUUUUACUCGUGGCGCUGGUGAUGGCGGGACGUGAGGGAGCAACUUACAACAGCUGCGUUUGCUGGGAGGACUACAAGGCGGAGUACAACGAAAACGGCGCUCAUUGCAAGGCGACCAACCAGUUCCACAUAAUGCCCUGUAAUAUGGUCAAAGCGCCGAAUUGUCAGUGCUCAGGCAAGGGCAGCAGCAUUUUAAAAGAUCGAACCGGCACCUGGUGCACCAAGUACAGGAAAGGUGAGGAGCUGAUGAGGUGGCCCUGCGAGAACACCAAAGAGUGGGAUGACUUCUUCAAAGAGAACCCUGACUUUAUUUAGGAAUGCACUAUUAUUAUUAUUAUUAUUAUUAUUUUGUUUAUGGUCUUAUGUCAGUAUUUAUUUAAUAAA